AUGGGCAACACCGCAUCUAUGCGUCAAUUCGUGAACCUGCUCCGCUAUGACAAACCAUCAAACUCUCUUCCAAUAUUUCUAUCAAUAUUUCUGACAAUUAUCGGAUUUGUGACCGUUAUAACCGCUGCUCUAAACGAGAAAGACGUCGACACAUCCUUGGAAGCGAUCAAAGAUAUUGUUUCCGUUUCCAUUGGUAGUUUCGUCUGUAUUAUUGAACAGAGUUUGUAUCCUGAGAGAACUCUCAAUUUGAUACAAGUCAUAGAGGACGACUUCGUGGUGGACAGAGAGGAACUGAGGGAGAGAGGAGAUGGACUAUGGACGGAGAUUGGAGAGUUGUACCAGAGAAAGAGAGAAGAUAUGAGGGAGAAAUUUCAGUAUCUGUACUGGGCGAUAGUUUUCAUAUUCUGCGGAUAUUUCAGCAAACAUUUUCUGAACCGGGUUUUGGGAAUUGAGGUGCAGUCCAAGGAAAGAUGGCCGACUCCGUUCCUCAGCGAAAAUGAGAAGGAAAAAAGGAGAUUGAUGUAUGAAGAGAGAGACAGUACGAGGUCGAGGAGUGGCGGUGAUCUUAGAGGUGAUAUGAGACGUAUAGUUAGAUGUCAUCAAAUGAUUAACAGAAACCUCAAAAUAUGCACAGAUUGUUCAGCGUUUGCAAUUACAGGAGCUCUUGCUGUUAUCAUAAACGACUCUUGUUCUAAUGCUUUCUUCAUGCUCAAGAACAAUAAUUUGAAGAAGACUGUGAGCUAUGCAUUCAUAUUUAUAGUGGAAAAUCUGCUUCUGCUUUUCUUAUGCCAAAACGGACAACGCAUUUUCAACCAGAAUGAUAUCCUGCGUAGAUAUUUGGCAGAACUUCCAUGGACGGAUAAACCUCGAUGGUUCAGACAGACUGUCCAUAUGAUGAUGACACGAGCAAACUUUGAUACUGAAAUGAGACCUUAUGGCAUUUUUGUUCUCAACUAUGUUUCGUUUAAAGAUAUAAUGAAAUUCACAUUCUCCGUUGGCAAUGUACUCUACACCAAGAAAUUGAGAAGUCAAUCCCAACUAUAAUCAGCAAAAAUUGUCUUCAAAUAUGAUUUUGAAUAAAAGUAAUUCUCAUUUAUACAUUGAAAAUGAA